CAUGGCUAACGGUGUCGAAGAAUCGGACAUCUCAGCGAUGGAAAAAGGCGAUCUCCCUUUGAUGGUCUCGACAGAUCCUAAAAUCAAUUUAGCUCAAAAGUUGUUAGCGGAGUUGAUCGGUACAUACUGCGUCAUCUUUGCUGGUUGUGGAUCGGUGGCCGUUAAUAAACUUUACGGUGGCACUAUAACUUUUCCGGGAAUCUGUGUGACUUGGGGUUUGAUCGUUAUGGUCAUGAUUUAUACCGUCGGCCAUGUCUCCGCUCACUUUAAUCCUGCCGUCACCAUCACUUUGUCUCUCUUGGGUUUGUUUCCGUUUAAAGAGGUGGUGUUUUACAUAAUAUCGCAGCUGUUGGGGUCGAUUCUUGCGAGUGGAACGAUAUCGUUGAUUAUGAAUGUUACUCCGGAAGCCUUUUUCGGAACGACGCCGGCUGGCUCAGCCGCACAAUCGUUCGUUGUUGAAAUCAUUAUUACGUUCAUCUUAAUGUUUGUUAUUUCGGGUGCUACUAAUGAUCAUAGAGCCAUAAAGAAACAAGGCGGGAUUGCAGUUGGGAUGACUAUCAUGUUAAAUGUCUUUGUGGGAGGGCCGAUUUCUGGAGCAUCGAUGAAUCCGGCAAGAAGUCUUGGACCGGCUAUUGUGAAGCGUAACUUCAAAGGAAUUUGGGCUUAUAUCUUUGGUCCGAUCAUCGGAGCAUUGGCCGGAGGAUUUGUUUAUAAUUUGCUCAAGCCGACGACCAGAUCUUUUCACGACUUUCUGAAACGAACUCAGUGAAUUAUUCUUCAAAGACGAGACGUUAAAACAGUUCCAUUUAUUAA